GUCGGUCUCACGUUUAGAAAAUAUUCGAAUUUCUGAUUGGUCAUAUGGUUUAAAUGUAGGAGCGGUGAAAAAAAGAAAAAGAGAUACUACACUUAUAGGUUAACAGCAACGUAGAGUAAUUUUGAAUAAUGGAAGAUUAUGUCAAAAUUGAAAAGAUUGGUGAAGGUACCUAUGGUGUAGUGUACAAAGGUAGACACAAGAAAACAAACAGAUUGGUGGCACUGAAGAAGAUUAGAUUAGAAAGUGAAGAGGAAGGAAUUCCAUCCACAGCCAUCAGAGAAAUAUCACUCCUGAAAGAACUUCAACAUCCUAACAUUGUUGGUUUAGAAGAUGUGUUGAUGCAAGAGAACAAAUUAUAUCUGGUUUUUGAAUUUUUGUCUAUGGACUUGAAAAGAUAUAUGGACACCAUUCCAAGUGGACAGUUUAUGGAUAAAAUGCUAGUUAAAAGUUAUACUUACCAGAUCCUACAGGGAAUACUGUUUUGUCAUCAGAGAAGAGUAUUACAUCGUGAUAUGAAACCACAGAAUUUACUUAUAGAUAAUAAAGGCAUUAUCAAGUUAGCAGAUUUUGGUUUGGCUAGAGCUUUUGGUAUACCUGUCAGAGUGUAUACACAUGAGGUUGUAACAUUGUGGUACAGAGCACCAGAGAUCUUACUUGGAAGUCAAAGAUACUCUACCCCUGUUGAUGUGUGGAGUAUAGGAUGUAUAUUUGCUGAAAUGGUCACAAAAAGACCUUUAUUUCAUGGUGAUUCAGAAAUUGACCAGCUCUUCAGAAUAUUCAGAACUCUUACAACCCCAACAGAAGAAGUUUGGCCAGGGGUAACCUCACUACCAGACUACAAACCAACUUUUCCUACAUGGAAAAAUAACUCUUUAGCACAGUCUGUCAAACAGCUGGACAAUACAGGAUUAGACCUGUUGCAGACAAUGUUGAUAUAUGAUCCAGCACAAAGAAUAUCUGCCAAGAAAGCACUGAAUCACACUUACUUUGCUAACUUAGAUAAAUCAGCAUUGCCUGCCUCAAGUAUCACCUCAACAUAGGACAAUAAUGUGCAAUAAGAAAUGUCUAUGGUAUUUUGUCUUGAUUGCCAACAAUUUUAUGACUUACCAUGUAUUAUUGUCUGUAGUCACGAUAUACAAGACAAAAUGGCAAUUUGAAGGGAAGAACAUUUUUAAAUGGACAAUUUUGUAGAUAAAAAAAAUUAUUAUUAUUUAUCAAAAUAUUAUGUUCAGGGAAAAAAACUAUAAUAUUCUUCCUUCAUCUUUCUAUGACUAAUUUCUUUUCUUUGUAUGUCCAUAUGGAGUUGAUGGAGCAGUCAUUCUAAUAAGUAAAUGUUUUUUUCUUUUAUAAAGUUUGAUUAAUAUUGAGAACACUAAGAAUUAAACCAACUACAAAUGCAUGAAUUUUUUUGUAUUAGGAGUGUAAUCUAUAAACUUCAAGUCAAUAGUGAAUACUUACUUUCAAAGAAUUAAUGUACAAAUAUUAUUUGCGUAAGCACAGUAGUCUAUUUUAGAAUUACUGACUUUAUUCGAAUCUAAGAUUUUUUGGCAAAGAUAACUCUUUGUAGGACAGAUAUAUCACCUGAUGGAAGAAGCCUGUUUCAAUGUAUCUAAGCUAAGAAUUUCUUUCUGUAACAACUAAAUUUGAAUUCCCUUUCACCUUAAAAGUGUGAUGCACUUAGUUAAAAAUUAUUGUCCACCACCACCCAUUUCACCAUGCCCAUGCAAUAAGGGACCAUAGUUUAUCCUACUUGCAAUGUUGGAGUUCCUUUUAUUUACAAAAAACUCGAAACAAAAUCAUUAAUUUUAAAAUUGACUAGUAUAGUAGUUCAUAAUGUUUAUAACGUCAAUUUAGAAUAGUCAACAAAUAGCUUCUUGAUACUUUAUAAAUGUAUUUCAGCAACGUUGAGUGUACAUACACAGUGUACUUUCCCCCCAGUUUUUACAACAAGGCAUUAUGAACAACUAAAAGUAAACCCACCUAUGUGUUCAUUGUAACUUAUUUAUUUGUUGUUGAUAUUGUGUUCUGUUGAUUUUUAUUUCUGGUAUAUAAUUUUCACAAAAUUUUAAAUACAUUUUGAAAGUAAACAUUUGUGAAUCAAAAGUUUACUUGAAAGACAUCAUACAGGAGUUGUUUAUUGUUUUUAAUGACCAAUACAAUGAUGAUUUUUUUUUUUUUUCAGAUGUUUCUACUUUUUGUUUCAAAGUAAAAGGGCUGUUCCAUUUUAUAUGCCCCCCCCCCCCCCCCCCCCCCCCCUAGAAAUUACUUUGAAAAUGGGGUAACCACCUAUAGAGUCUACAUAGAAGUAUUUGACACCACUGAUAUUAGAAAUCUAGAAGUGCCAUUCCUAGGUCCCACGUACAAAUAUAAAAUAUAUAUAUUUAUGGAAUAGCCCUUAUAGUCAUAGUGCUGUUACUGUUUUUGUAAACUGUUUGAUUUUUUAUACUGUUGUGUAAAGUAAAGAGUCACUGUUUUUGUUCUCUUGACCAUAUACUUGUGACUCAUUGUAUUGCGGGUUUCAAUCGGAUAUAUUCACAUGAUCUGUGAAACUAUUUGAAAACUCGAAACCGUUUUAAUGCAAUUUUGAAAAAUGAGCCAUCAUGUAUACCAGUUUAAUAAUAACAUGUGAAAACUGCUUUUAUAUGUGGUCAGUGAUUUUAAUGAAAAGAUUUAACAAUUAAAUUCUGUAUUUAAUACCA